CACCACUCCAGUAAACAAAUAUCUGACGUUUGUCAAACUAGCUAACUAUAACAGCGAAAACUAGCAGAAAGCUCUCUUUGUAAUAAAGUAAUAAACAAGAAGAUUUAACACUAAAUAAUGUCUGGACCAAAUGGAGAUCCAAACAUCUUAAUUGAGGAUGGUAUAAUCAACGAUGACGAUGAAUAUGACGAAGAAGAGUAUGAAGCCAUCAACUCCAUGCUAGAUCAGAUCAACUCCUAUCUGGAUGACCUGGAAGAUCGGAAUGAUUCACUUAAUGGCAAACUACACGAAUUGAUGGAGUCGAACCGGGAGGCCCGGAUGGAGUUCAGAGCCCAGCUGCUUGGCUCCCAGACCCAGGAGGAGCACUGUCCUGCAGACGGGGACUCCUCCUCAACCAGCAAGGAAGACUUGAACAAAGACAAUGAGGAUUGCAAAUAAGUGCUGAGGGGGGGCUGAGUUCUGCAAAAUACAGGGAUGGAAAUAUUAAUGAAAGCUGACUCAACUCCUAACCUCUGUCUGUUGGACUAAUGACCUUUGAUCUGCAUCGUUCAUGCCUAUCUGAUUCUACUGUGAAAGUACACUUCCAUCAGCAGAUGUGUGAUAUUUUGCUUCUCUUCAAUCUAGUUAUCCUACUUUUGUUGAACUGUGGUGUGCUGAAGUUUGGUCAUUGAGCAGAUUUUUUUUAACCUUUUGCACACCGUAGUCACCCGGGACCAGUACAGUAAAAUCAAGGUCAAACAUGUUGUUGCUUGAAAAGCUGUGUGGCCCUUGAUCAGGUCCAAGUGGGACAUCAUGAGAAUACAAUCUAAAACCAGGAUUAAAUUUAUUUAUUAAAAAAAUGUGUCCUUCUGACCAAAACGGGUCGUAGUUGAACUUCUGUGUUGUGUUGAUCCAUUUGGUGUUUACAAUCCACUUUGUAAUAGCUGUACAGUCUCUGUUCCUGUUUGUUUUAUUCCAAAACUUAAAUAUGCAAUAUUCCAGUGGUCUACCAGUAUAAUAUUUGGGCUGCAGUAAGACUGUAAAUCUGUCAAUCUGCUGUCCUGUUCAUUUUCAUUAAGGCAUCUACAAGGGACUUUUAUUUUGUGUUGAUUUUAAUAGCCCAUGUGGGAAAAAUGGUGGCAUUUCCUGGGGAUAGGCAUUAAGAAUGAUUGUCAAAAUUGCCAUUCUUAUCACUGAUGGUCUUGUUUGCUCACGCAGAUCAUAUAGAAGCCUCUGUAUUAAAUUCAGGCUGUUUCAUAACCAGUUAAAAGUACCUUGUAGUUGCUUUAACAUGUUCAGGAUAAGUGAGUUUAUAAGUGUUUGUAUGUGUUAAGUACUUGCAAAGAAUAGUAAAAAUAAAGUCGACAAGGUGUGGGAAUUGUCAGACAUUUUAAUAUAAAUUAAAAUGACCCCCUCCCUCCCUCCCUCCCUCCCCAAACAGAAAACAAAAAUCCAUAAAACUUCCAGCAGUUAGAAAACAUCACCUGUUUGUUCAUCUCACUUAAGUCAGUAGCUGAAUAAAAAUACAAUAAGAAACAUACAGCUUUGUUUGAAAUCAUCCUUUACUAGUCCUUUUCUCUCUCCUGCUCCCUUCUGUUCUCAAAGUACAGUUGCAUGUCUCGUUCCUUCAGACACA